AGUAGCCUACUAACAAUCUUCAAAGAUUUAGUACGCGUUCCCAGAGCCCCUUCUAAUACCCUUGCUAAACCUUCUCAAACUACCCUACAGAUUUUACUGCUUUCAGUCGAAGCUUUGACAAUGGCUACCGUCAGAAAUCUGAAAAUCAAGACAUCAACUUGCAAGCGCAUACUGAAGGAGCUCCAUUCCUAUGAGAAAGAGGUGGAGAGAGAAACUGCCAAGACUGCUGAUAUGAAGGACAAAGGCGCCGAUCCCUAUGAUCUCAAGCAACAGGAAAAUGUGCUGGCUGAAUCCAGAAUGAUGGUUCCUGAUUGUCGCAAGCGCCUGGAAGCAGCAUUGGAUGACCUUAAAGGAGCUCUGGUUGAGUUAGAGGAGACAGACCAAAAAGACGGCCCCGAAUUUGAAGAAGCUCGAACCAUAAUAGCAGAUGUUGAGAAGUUGUUUGAAUCUUCGGAAGUUUAACUUACAUUGUCUUGUCCAUUAGACUGUUACACUACAUUUAUAACUUAGAGAACUCUUCCUGCUGCCUGAUAAGCUAUUGUCGUGCAAUCGUGUGGUAUGUUUUUGUGUUAUAAAACUUGACGGGAUGGAGCUCAUUUAUCAAAUUAUCAUGUGUUUAUCACUAAACCAUGACGCCAAAAUCAAUAUUGAACUUUGAGUUUUAUGA